GUGUACAAACAUUGUGCUGGAUAAAAAUAACAUGUAAUAUAAAAUGUGCGUUUCAACAAUUAAUAUUCUACAUUCUUUAUGCAGGUACAGAAGGCUUGGGAUUUAGCAUUACUUCAAGAGAUGUCCCAAUUGGUGGCUCUGCUCCAAUUUAUGUGAAAAACAUCCUUCCAAGAGGUGCAGCUAUUCAAGAUGGGAGACUAAAAGCUGGAGACCGAUUAAUUGAGGUUAACGGAGUUGAUUUAACAGGCAAAACUCAAGAAGAAGUUGUGUCCUUGCUGCGAAGCACCAAGAUGGGAGGGACCGUCGGCCUUCUGAUUUUUCGACAGGAAGAAACAUUCCAUCCAAGGGAACUGAAUGCAGAACAAAGCCAGUCACAAAUUCCAAAGGAAACGAAAGCAGAAGAAGAGGAGCUUGUCCUCACACCUGAUGGCACCAGGGAAUUCCUGACAUUUGAAGUUCCGCUGAAUGACUCUGGAUCAGCUGGACUUGGUGUGAGCGUCAAAGGUAACCGGUCAAAAGAAAACCAUGCCGAUUUAGGAAUCUUCGUCAAGUCCAUUAUUAACGGUGGAGCAGCAUCCAAGGAUGGCAGGCUUCGAGUAAACGAUCAACUAAUAGCAGUAAAUGGAGAAUCGCUAUUGGGCAAAACAAACCAAGACGCUAUGGAAACCUUAAGGAGGUCCAUGUCCACUGAGGGAAACAAACGGGGAAUGAUUCAGCUUAUUGUGGCACGGCGAAUAAGUAAAUGCAAUGAGCUGGAGUCACCUGGGAGCCCCGCUGGGCCAGAGCUGCCCAUAGAGACUCUGCUGGACGACCGGGAACGGAGGAUUUCCCAUUCCCUCUACGGUGGGAUUGAGGGUCUCAGCGAGUCACCCACGAGGAACGUGGCACUGAGUAGGAUAAUGGGUAAAUAUCAGCUGUCUCCAACGGUGAACAUGCCCCAAGAUGACACUGUCAUUAUUGAAGAUGACAGGCUGUCGGUCCUCCCUCCUCAUCUCUCUGACCAAUCGUCAUCCAGUUCCCACGAUGAUGUUGGGUUUGGCACUGUUGAUGCUGGCGGAUGGGCUAAAGCUGCAAUUAAUGAGUCGACAGACUGCACUCUUAGUCCAGAUGUUGAUCCAGUGCUUGCCUUCCAGCGAGAGGGUUUUGGACGCCAGAGCAUGUCAGAAAAGCGUACAAAGCAAUUUUCAGAUGCCAGUCAGUUGGAGUUUGUUAAAACACGAAAAUCCAAAAGCAUGGAUCUAGUAGCUGACGAGACUAAGCUCAGUACAAUGGAUGACCAGAAAACAGGUUCCCCAACCAGAGAUGUGGGGCCUUCAUUAGGUCUGAAGAAAUCCAGCUCAUUAGAAAGUCUGCAGACAGCCGUUGCUGAGGUGACUCUGAAUGGUGAUAUUCCCUUCCACCGCCCGCGCCCACGAAUUAUCCGAGGACGAGGCUGCAAUGAAAGCUUCAGAGCUGCCAUAGACAAAUCAUAUGAUAAACCUGUAGCAGAUGAUGAUGAUGAAGGCAUGGAAACUUUGGAGGAAGACACAGAGGAGAGCUCAAGAUCUGGUAGAGAAUCUGUGUCCACAGCAAGUGACCAGCCAUCCCACUCAUUGGAGAGACAGAUGAAUGGAAGCCAAGAUAAAGGUGACAGAAAAAAAGCUGGAAAGGAAAAGAAGAAAGAUCGAGAUAAAGAGAAGGACAAAAUUAAGGCAAAGAAAGGAAUGCUUAAAGGCUUAGGAGACAUGUUCAGGUUUGGCAAACAUCGCAAAGAUGACAAGAGUGAGAAAACUGGUAAAAUAAAAGUGCAGGAAGCUCUUACUUCAGAAGAGGAGAGAAUACGAAUGAAGCAAGAACAGGAGAGAAUUCAAGCAAAAACUCGAGAAUUUCGAGAGAGACAAGCUCGCGAACGUGACUAUGCAGAGAUACAGGAUUUUAACCGGACAUUUGGCUGUGAUGCAGACCCAAUGUACGCUGGGAUUGCUUCCUAUGACUCUUCUUCAAAUAGCGGCACGAUAACACUGAACACGCGACCACAGAGCCCAAGGGAAGGGCAGACAGUAGAAGCCUUGUAUGCCCAAGUAAAGAAACCACGGAAUUCAAAGUCUUCACCUGUAGACAGGUAGGCACCAGA